GUCUUUUCAGCUGCCAUGCCCACCUUUUGUUCACAACUUCCUCACACAAACUGACUGAAACCAAGCCAUCCAUCCAUCGAUAACAUCGAAGAGAAAAGCCACCAUGCAAUCCCUUCAAUCUACAUCUCUUCGCGCAUCUCCUCUCAAUCCAUUCCAGAAGAAGAGUGGCGGUGAUCGAAGCAAUGCCAAGAUUCCCAAGAGAGUCUCCUUCAUCAAGGCAUCCUCAGCUCCCGUUUCUGCUCCCAAGCGCGAGAAGGACCCCAAGAAGCGCGUUGUCAUAACGGGAAUGGGCCUUGUCUCCGUUUUUGGCAACGAAGUUGAUAAGUACUAUGACAAAUUGCUCGCCGGAGAGAGCGGGAUCGGGCUCAUAGACCGGUUCGAUGCCUCUAAGUUCCCGACCCGGUUCGGGGGCCAGAUCCGGGGCUUCAGUUCGGAGGGUUAUAUUGAUGGGAAGAAUGAUAGGCGGCUUGACGACUGCUUGCGGUACUGCAUUGUCGCUGGCAAGAAGGCGCUCGAAGAUGCGGAUCUUGGUGGAGACGAUUUGUCCAAGAUUGACAAGGAGCGAGCUGGUGUGCUCGUGGGAACGGGGAUGGGUGGUCUUACAGUCUUUUCCGAUGGUGUUCAGGCUCUAAUAGAGAAAGGACCCAGGAAAAUAACCCCUUUCUUCAUUCCCUAUGCUAUAACAAACAUGGGAUCGGCAUUGCUUGCAAUUGAACUCGGUUUAAUGGGACCUAAUUAUUCAAUUUCAACUGCAUGCGCUACUUCCAAUUAUUGUUUUUAUGCUGCUGCCAAUCAUAUUCGUCGAGGUGAGGCGGAUUUGAUGAUUGCUGGCGGUACAGAAGCAGCCAUCAUACCCAUUGGUUUGGGGGGUUUUGUAGCAUGUAGAGCCUUGUCUCAGAGAAAUGAUGAUCCACAAACUGCUUCAAGGCCAUGGGACAAAGAUCGAGAUGGCUUUGUUAUGGGGGAAGGAGCUGGAGUAUUGAUUAUGGAGAGUUUGGAGCAUGCGAUGAAACGAGGUGCACCAAUUAUUGCAGAGUACUUAGGGGGUGCUGUCAACUGCGAUGCAUAUCACAUGACUGAUCCCAGAGCUGAUGGACUUGGGGUGUCCUCUUGCAUUGAGAGAAGCCUUGAAGAUGCUGGUGUGUCACCUGAAGAGGUUAACUACAUAAAUGCACAUGCAACUUCCACUCUUGCUGGUGACUUGGCUGAGAUAAAUGCUGUCAAAAAAGUAUUCAAGAACACUUCAGGGAUCAAAAUUAAUGCAACCAAAUCGAUGAUAGGGCACUGCCUUGGAGCUUCUGGAGGUUUGGAAGCUAUUGCCACUGUGAAAGCCAUAACCACAGGAUGGCUGCAUCCUUCUAUUAAUCAAUUUAAUCCAGAGCCUGCAGUUGACUUUGACACUGUCGCUAAUCAAAAACAGCAGCAUGAAGUGAAUGUUGCCAUUUCAAAUUCAUUUGGAUUUGGUGGACACAACUCUGUCGUGGCCUUUUCUGCAUUCAAGCCAUGAUUACACAGUACGUCUGCUUCUUCCAUUAAAGGUUGUAUCAAGUCACUCGGCACUCGGUUGUUAACAGUCAACAAGUCCACUUCAUCUUCUACCUCUUACUUGAGCUAUUGAGGUUCUGUUAGUUCUAUUUUAGCUUUGGCCGUGUAAUACUUGCUAUUUGAACUCUUAAGUUUAGGCAAGCCGUUGUUGUUUCUCUUCGCUGUCUUUUCAGUUGGAACUUUUGGAUUAUUAAGGUUAUUGGAGCAUUUGAUUUUUGUCUAGUUAAAUAUUUAGCAGAUACAGAAUAGAAGGACCCUUUUCAUUUCA